AGUUCAGGGUUUCGGAGACUUGCAGGUGCCAGCGAUUGCCCCGACAGGCGGCCUGGCAGCCAUGGCCUGGUCCCGCGAGCAGAACGCCAAGGGCGCCGAGCUCCUUGCGCGCGAGGGCCUCGAGAGCCGCGCGGCCUCCGCCGGCGCCUCGCUCGGGGCGGGUUGGAGCCGCGAGCUGAACGCCAAGGGCGCUGGGCUGGUCGAGCAGCCCGGGCCUCGCGCGGGGGCGGAGCACUCCACGUCCGCUGCCACCCGCUGGCUCUUCUCGUGGUGCCGCUCGCUGAACCCCAGCAGGAGACGGCCGCCGCGGGCGGGAGCACGGGAGCGCUCGCCGAGGAGCGCUGCGGCGCCGCGGCCGCGCGCGGGCGUGGUGCCGGCUGGUCCCGCGGGCUUAACGCGGAGGGCGUGGACGUGCUGGCCGAGGGCCGCCUCAUGCAGCACUACGAUGAGGCCACCAUGGUCCCUCCGGGCGUUGCAUGGUCGAGGGAGCUCAACGCAAGGGCAGCAGAGGUCGCCUCCCCCGUCAUGCAGCACUACGACGCCAUCACCCGUUCGCCACCGGGGGCCACUUGGUCAAGGGACCUCAACGCAAGGGCGGCAGAGGUCGCCUCCCCCGUCAUGCAGCACUACGACGCCAUCACCCGUUCGCCACCGGGGGCCACUUGGUCAAGGGACCUCAACGCAAGGGCGGCAGAGGUCGCCUCCCCCGUCAUGCAGCACUACGACGCCAUCACCCGUUCGCCACCGGGGGCCACUUGGUCAAGGGACCUCAAUGCUAGGGCGCUGGAGACGAUGCUGGCAAAAACCAUGCAGGGGCACUCGAACGAGGUCGCCACGCCACCUCCAGGGUCGGUGUGGUCGCGCGAGCUGAACGCCAAGGGAGCUGAGGCUAGGAGCACCUCGAGCCGCGGCGGCUGGGACGGGGCGUGGUCUCGUGAACUGAACCGGAAGGGCAUGGAGAUGGAGAAGGACCAGGCUGGGAGCACCAUCAUGCGGAAACAUCAUGACGCGAUCACAGCAGUGCCUGCUGGAACUGCGUGGUCUCGGGAGCUGAACAGGAAGGCCAUGAGCAUCGAGGCCGCGAACUCCAUGGAUGCCACCACCGCAGUCCCAGCUGGAAGCUGUUGGUCCAAGGACUUGGAUUCGAGCGCGAUGGAGGCACAGCUCGAGAAGCACUGCGACGCCAUCACGGCAGCCCAGACUGUCACAUGGUCGAAGGAGUUGAACCAGAAGGCCGCGGACAGUGAAGCGGCGUGGUCUAUCCAGAAGCACUACGACGCUAUCACCGAGGCUGCAGCCAGAGGUGCUUGGUCCAGGGAGCUGAACCUGCAGGCGGUGGAGGCCUGGGACAACCAGAAGCUGUGCGAAGCGAGGCCCAUCCGCCCGCAGACGACCCCGGAGCUGAAGCCCCACGGGCGAGAGCGCCAGUUCAGCGACGCCAGCACCGCCGCCCCGAUGUCCCGACAGGGCACCGAGCGGGCGCUGUCCUGGGCCGAGGACGACCUCGACGACGACGACUGGUGCCACGAGGAGCCCCGCGCGCUCGAGCGGUGCGCGCGGAUCCCCGAGUGAGCGCCCGAGCCUCGUGGGCGCAGCGGGGCCGGGCCCCCCCCCCGGGGGCGCCGGCGCGCGCGAGGCGAUCGCGGCGCGCGUGGCGGGGGCCAUUUAACUUAUGGAAAAAAGGGGCCUCGGUCCUUCUUUAGGGUCCCUGAGGUCAACGCCCCGACUGUAUUCUCUGUGCCCAUGUCUCCGGGCACGCCAAGUCAGUUUCUGUGGCUCAGGAUUUCUGGCCGGGCGUGGUCUCGAGGAUCGAUCGGGUCCGAAGCCUUUUUUUCCUCCUGGGGCGGUGCGACCCCUCCCGCGUCGUUCUGAAGGGGGUCGGGGUCGGGGCAUUUCAGAGGCUGCGCGUGUCCUGGUUCGAUUCAGAAGCGGCCCAUGGAUCAGUCAUCGAGCCCUCGUCGGGCGAUCCAUAACUCCGUUUGAAUAAGUUUGCACGACAAUUGUCUGAGGAGGACUACCUGCCUCAUAGGAGAAAAGCAGCAUCUGCAUACACUUUCGGAGGUCCGCGCUGUUUUUUCCGAUCGGCGUUGGACCCCCCACUCUGGCGCGCGUGGGGCGACGCCGGAGGCGCCGCCAGGGGGGUCAUUCCAGCGCUGAUACAACGAGAUCCGCGCGGAUCUCAGACAGUUUGUGGUUAUUGCUUUUCUUUUUCUUCUAAUGCCAUAAUUCGGCUGUACAUAUUCGAGCAGCCUUCGUGGCCCACGUCGGGCUGUGUGCUGUGCCUGUUUGAAGUCGACGAAAUCGGCGCCGACGCCCCCGCAGCUCCCUGCGCCCCGCUCGGGGAGCUGCCUGCGGGCGAGGGCUCGGCUAAUACACCAUAUCCCGCGCCCUGGCUGAUUGGCUGGGGCGAUGGCCAUUGGCCGAUUAGAUCUCCCGCCGUGUCCGAUUGGUCACAGCACACGUCGAUGCGGCCUGCCCGAUGGGCCGAUGGGGUCUCCCGCCGUGGCCGAUCGGCCAGAUCUCAGGGGCGCCCUGGAGUUUCUGCGCUCACAUCCGUCGUGGAUGGCACCAUCAAGCGUUCUUGAUCUCGCAGCCUUGCGUCACCCCUGCGCGUGGCAACGGCCACUGCAGUCGAACGCAGCUGGCCGUUGAGGGUGAAAGAGAGGAAUGAUGAUUGCGAGGCGAAGCAGAAUGGCGAGGAUAACAGGGUCUGGCUUGCACUGGGCGGCGAGUACGAGCCCUUGGCCGGUGCCUUCACGAGCACGGCAGGCUUGUGGUCGUGUCGACGUUUCUGCGGCCCCACCGCUGGCGUUCACGGGUGAACGCCGCCGGUGACUUGAGGUCGGCCGACAUCGAACAAUUUCUGCAAUGUUGGAAGAUCGCGACCUUGCAGUGGUGAUCAGUCCACGCGAUGUCAGAGCGCGUCAUCGCGACGUGAACCCUAUAGGAGGAAAAGGUACCCAUACCGCUACCCUUCGGCCGUUUUCCCUUUUUUCGGCUUCCUGGGAGAAACUCGUCGCCUCCGCUGGAUUCGCCUCGAAAUCCUGGUUAGAACGCACCCUAGGGGGGGGCCCAGGGAGUAGCAAUAUCGGUACCUUUUGGUUUCCCCAAACCCGCCG